AUGCCUCCGGCCGGCGGUCUCCGCGCGCCGCGCCCCGCCGCGCUGCCCCGCAGCCUGUCCCGCCUGCGCGAGUGCCCGGGCCGCUCCCGCAUCGUGCUGGCGCUCGGGGCCACGCAGAUGGCGCUCGGAUGCCUCAUCGUGGCCGUCAGCUUCGCCGCGCUGGCGCUCACCACCUCGGCCCGCGUCCGCCACUCCUGCCCCUUCUGGGCCGGCUUCUCGGUGCUGCUGUCGGGACUUAUCGGCGUCGUCUCCUGGAAGAGGCCCCUGUCCCUCGUGAUUACCUUUUUCAUGCUGCUCUCUGCAGUAUGUGUAAUGCUGAAUUUGGCUGGUUCAAUUCUCUCCUGUCAGAACGCUCAGCUAGUCAACUCCCUAGAAGGCUGUCAGUUGAUUAAGUUCGACAGCGUCGAGGUGUGUGUCUGCUGUGAGAUGCAGCAUCAGUCGUCGGGCUGCAGCAACCUUGGAGAGACGCUGAAGCUGAACCCGCUGAGGGAGGACUGCAACACCGUGCGGCUGACCUUGAAGGAACUGCUCUUCAGCGUGUGUGCCCUCAACGUCCUGUCCACCAUCGUGUGUGCGCUGGCCACAGCCAUGUGCUGCAUGCAGAUGGUCUCCGCUGAUGUCCUGCAGAUGUUCCUUCCACAAAGGGCGCCUUCCGUCAGCCCAGCCUGCAUGACCCCACACGGCACUGUCCUACACCAGACCCUGGAUUUCGAUGAGUUUGUGCCUCCGCUGCCCCCUCCGCCCUAUUACCCCCCGGAGUACACCUGCACGCCCACCACUGAGGCCCACAGGGGCCUCCACCUGGACUUUGCUUCCUCCCCAUUCGGCACUUUGUACCGCAUCACCAUCAACAGCCCUGGCCUGCUCUACCCCGCCGAGCUCCCGCCGCCCUACGAGGCCGUGGUGGGCCCGACCCCCACCAGCCAGAUUCCAAGUGGGGACCCGCAAGUGACUGAGCCCAGCUCCGGGGACCCAGACGCCACCGCGGGCUUCAGCACACAAGCGCCGGCCGACAGCUCCAGCCUGCUGGCCCCCGAGGGCACUGCCACGCCGGGCCUGAGCUGCCCACCCUCCGACGGCCCCACGGGCGCUCUGCUGCCCGCCGCACACCCGCGCCGCACAUCCCCUGAGGGCCACCCCCAGGGCACACGGGCAAGGCCAGGUCCCAGGCGUGUGGCCCGCUCCGCCAGCGACCCCACCUCGUGCGCAUCCAGGGCGGCAGGCGAUGCCUCGUCACACACCCCAUCCUGCAGCCAGGAUCUUGAAGCAGGACUGUCCCGGGCUGCACGGGGAACCGCUUCCUUGUCUCACUCUGUCAUGGUUGCCUGUGCCUGUCGGCCCCAGCUUUCACCCCCCAGGGAACCAGAUGCCUGGAAAACGGACCAGCGGUUAAAGCCAGAGGCCUUACAGACAGUCUCCAAAGAGCGGCCGCACUCCUUAGUGGACAGCAAGGCCUACGCGGACGCCAGGGUUUUGGUGGCUAAGUUCUUGGAACACUCGAGCUGCUCCCUUCCCGUGGAGGUGAGGCACGUGGUGGGCUCCGCUCGCUCGGCCAUCCCCUCCGAGGAGUGCCACAUGGAGGAGGCCGUCCUCAGCGCCCGUGUCCUGGACCAGCUGUGA